AUGCCCAAGUUUAUUCCGCGUCAGCGGAAACAGAAGCAUCGUCAAAGGGAACAACCGGCGCCCGUGGACACCAAUGUCGUCGAGCUCCAGCCCAUUUCCAAAGAUGAAAAAGAAGCGAAAAGACAAAAACUCCGAGAGGAGCUGGGGCAGCAACAUCCUAAUGUGUCUUCGAAAAAGAAGAAGCGUCUGGAUAAGUAUAUUGACAACAAACUCAAGAAAGAAGAGAACCUGGAGCUUCUGAAGAAACUGGCUCAGGCGCAAGUCGACACCUCCUCUUUGAAAAGUUCGAGGGAGCUGGGAACGCGCAAGACACCAGCAGGCGAACACCAAUCCACGGCACCCGUCACCACUUCCACCGAACCCUCCGCCCCCGAUCUGUCCGGAGAUGAGUCCGACGAGGGAGACCGGAGGCUCAAGGUCUCCAAUCCUGCAACCGACCCCGAGCCGGCACCGGUACUACAAGCAGCUAUGGGAAGUGGAUUGAAACGUCCGCUCGAGGUUGGGCCCGAUGGCUUCCCGGUCAUCAAGAAGCGAAAACGUGCCGCAAAGCCGACCCCUGCGCCGGUGGCAGAGGAGGUUGCAUGGGAAGGGUUUGAUUCGGAUGAUGAACAGGCAAGCGGCGGUGAAAAUGAUGCUGAAAGGGAUUCAGAGGAUGAAGAUUCCGAGGGUUCCUCGGAUCAAACAUCAGACGAUGAAUCCGAUGAUGAAGACGAGGACUCUGAAAACAAUGAUGAAGAGAGCGAACCGGCUUCAAAACUCAAGGUUCGCCAGUCGGCCUUCAAGUCCUGGGCCGUUCAGCAAAUCAACGACGCAAUCGGCUUCCAGCCAACGACCGGACCUGUGGUGAUUGAACAAAAUCAAGCAUUUGCGCCUCUCGAGAAGGCAGCCAAAAACUCAGUCUACGAGGAAGAACCUUUACCCCAAGAACUACAGGUGACCAAAGGAGAUCCCAAUCGCAAAGCAUUUAGUGUUCCGGUCAUCCGCUCAGAAGAGAUUCAAACUGCCCGCCUUGGACUGCCAGUCGUGGGUGAAGAACAGAAAAUCAUGGAAGCAAUCCACAACAAUUCCACUGUCGUCAUCUGGGGAGCUACAGGUAGCGGAAAGACGACCCAACUGCCGCAGUUUCUAUUCGAGGCCGGCUACGGUAACCCAGACAGCCCUAAUCCAGGUCUGAUUGGUGUGACGCAGCCUCGCCGAGUUGCGGCUGUGAGUAUGGCGAACCGUGUGUCUCAGGAAUUGGGACAGUACUCCGACAAAGUCUCGUAUCAGAUUCGGUUCGAGACGACUGUAUCGAGUAAAACAGCCAUCAAAUUCAUGACGGACGGUAUUCUACUACGAGAGAUUGCAGAUGACUUCUCUCUCCGCAAGUACUCUGUCAUUAUCAUUGAUGAGGCACAUGAACGGAGUGUGAACACAGACAUUCUCAUUGGAAUGGUCAGUCGCAUCGUGGACCUGCGCAAAUCGAUGAGUGAGGAGGAUCCGUCAGUCAAACCGCUCAAAGUCGUCAUUAUGUCUGCUACACUGCGCAUCUCCGACUUCACACACAAUACGAGCCUCUUCCGCCAAGGCCCGCCUCCUUUGGUCCAAGCAGAAGGGCGGCAGUAUCCGGUCACGGUUCAUUUCGCCCGGCGCACGCAUCGCGACUACGUCGAGGAAGCCUUCAACAAAGUUUCAAGAGGACAUCGUAAACUGCCACCGGGGGGGAUGCUUGUGUUUUUGACUGGGCAGAACGAGAUCCGACAACUCUCGAAGCGACUGAAGCAAGCUUUCAAGCCGACACAGCGGGGAGACACCACCCAGGCAAAAGUACAGCUUUCAGCCAACGAUGCGCCUUUGGAAGCGGAGGAUUUGGAGCUGGGGGGCACGGAGAUGUCUCCAGCGGAUCACGAAGAUGAUGAUAGCGACGUGGAGAUCACUGGCCUCGACGACCCUGAGGAAGAAGAUGACGGGUUUGAUCUGGGUGAAGAGGCCAUGGAUUCCUCAACAAAGGUCCACGUCUUGCCUCUGUACUCUCAACUACCCACCAAAGAGCAGAUGAAAGUCUUCGAGCCCCCGCCAGAGAACUCACGACUGAUUAUCCUCGCCACCAACGUUGCCGAGACCUCACUCACGAUCCCCGGUAUCAAGUACGUCUUUGACUGCGGUCGAGCCAAGGAAAAGCAAUUUGAUUUGUUCACUGGCGUCCAAAGCUUCCAGAUCGGCUGGAUCAGCAAAGCCAGUGCAAGCCAGCGAGCUGGACGAGCCGGACGAACUGGGCCUGGUCACUGCUAUCGGUUGUACUCCUCAGCGGUCUACGAGGGCGACUUCGCCGAAUAUACAGACCCGGAGAUCUUGCGCACGCCCAUUGAAGGUGUCGUCCUCCAGAUGAAGAGCAUGGGUCUCCACAGCGUGAUCAACUUUCCGUUCCCCACGCCCCCCAGUCGGCAAGGUCUCGCCAAAGCAGAGAAACUACUGCAAAACCUCGGUGCCCUUUCUGGCGAUGGCCGAGUGACGCAGAUCGGUCGCCGUCUAUCGACAUAUCCGCUCUCCCCGCGGUUCGGCAAGAUGCUCUAUAUCGGCCACCAGCAUGGCUGCAUGCCCUAUGUCAUCGCUUUGGUGGCUGCCCUUGCUGUGGGCGAUCUCUUUGUCACUGAGAACCAGUUCAAUCCGACUGCCACACCGGCCAAGAAGAAGAAUGACGAGGAUGAUUCGGACGAAGAAGGAAAAAGGAUCUACACCAAUGCAGACCGUCUCGAAGACACAGAGCGCGAGCAGCGCUCCAAAGACUACGCUCGUGUCCAACGUCUUUUCAGCAAACAUGACGACACCUCCGACGCACUGAGAUACCUUUCUGCAAUCUGCGCCUACGCCUACGCAGCCGACGGCGACGCCUUCAGUGAAAAGAUGUUCCUGCGCGCCAAAGCCUUCAAAGAAGCAACCCAGCUGCGCCGACAGCUGACCGAUAUCGUGCGCUCAAACAACCCAGGCCUGGUGGGCGACUACACGGCCCGGCUACCAGAGCCAUCGCCGAAACAGCUCAAGGCCCUCAAACAAAUCAUCACCGCAGGAUUCAUCGACCAAGUCGCCAUUCGCGCAGACUUGGCCCCCAUUCCGCCGGAGAUGCCGCGCACGCCUCGCCGCGCCAUCGAUGUGCCCUACCUGACUCUCUUCCGCUCGCGCAGCGACGGCUCAGCACAGGACAUCCUCUCGCGCGCUGUCUUCGUGCAUCCUUCUUCCUUGCUGGCUAAGCUGUCUCCCAAGGAAAUGCCCCAGUACCUCGUCUACUCGCAUCUCCAACAAUCAUCCGCCCACAGCGUCGGUAGUGAGCAGCAACCCAAGAUUAGAAUGUUCCCCCUGGUCGUACCGAGCGGCCUACAGCUCUCCGCUAUUGCGCACGAUACUCCGCUUAUUGAGUACGGCAAGCCCAUCGGCAAGACCGAACUUAUAGAUGGCAUUCCGCAGCGCCGCUCCUGUUGGGUUGUUCCAGCUUUGGUGGGUGAUGCGGGUAGUACUGGCUGGCCCUUACCUGCGAAGAAGGUGGUUCAGAAGAAAGAUCCGAAAGAGGGGUGGGUUAUUGAGAAGUUUGUAGCAUAG